AUGUUCCGCUUUACUUUAGCUAAAUCUGGCUCCCUGAUCAACGCCUCUCUGAGUGGGUGUGAGGUAUUCAACUGUAAGUUAAAGAAAGGCAGUCCGGCAAGCCUGAGGAUAAUCUUCCAGCCUGAUCACAAUGUAACCAGCGGCCGGGUGAAUCUGUGUUUUCACUUGAACUUUCUUGGUGAAAGAUGCAGUGGUAUGCCAGGAAAUUACCGCUUGCUUUGUAAAAAUAUCAACGGAUCAUGUCCAGUAGUUGCUGGGGAACAAUACGAAUAUACAGCAACUGCGAAACUUCCGAACGUAAACUACAACGGGCCAGUGAAGGUUACCUUCAAGGAGAACAACGGGAAUGAUUUUGUCUGUGUCAAAAGUACAGUUUCUUUGGGCACAUGA